AUGCGCAAAUGCAACGAGCCCCGCCCCCCCGCCACGCCCCUGCCUCCUCCUAUCUAUGUGCGCCCCCCGCCUCUCCUCCCCUCCCCUCCUCCCCUCCUCUCCUCUUCUCGUCUCUUUCCCUCUUUCUCUCCUCCUCUUCCCUCCUCCUCUCAUCCCCUCCACUCGUCCAUGCCUCGCAGCAAGCAAGCCCAUCCGUAUUGUUAUGCUCAUUGUGUAAAAACAACUUCGCCACGCCCUCCCUUUAAUAAUACUUCUCCACCCCUGCACUCCCUCUCCACCCCUGCACUCCCUCUCCACCCCUGCACUCCCUCUCCACCCCUGCACUCCCUCUCCACCCCUGCACUCCCUCUCCACCCCUGCACUCCCUCUCCACCCCUGCACUCCCUCUCCACCCCUGCACUCCCUCUCCACCCCUGCACUCCCUCUCCACCCCUGCACUCCCUCUCCACCCCUGCACUCCCUCUCCACCCCUGCACUCCCUCUCCACCCCUGCACUCCCUCUCCACCCCUGCACUCCCUCUCCACCCCUGCACUCCCUCCCCUCCCUUCCCCUCACCUCCCCUGCGCUCCCCUGCCACCAACUGCACCCCUCCCCCCUCCAACCUGCCGGCGCUGUGCUCUGCCCGCUGCCAUGCCCACAGCUGCACCCUGUUGCUCCUGCGCCUCUGCCCGCUCAGCCACCGCGCGCGCAGGCGGCAGCACCGGAGGGCAGCUGGGAGUGCAGUGAGUGCGGCAACUGACGCCGACAGCAUUAGGCGAACUCAAGAAGAGCAGAGAAUGGUCACACGCUGCUAUCAUGCCGUCAGGCAGCUCGAGUCUUGCUGUGCUGUCAUCCCCAGCCAUGGCACCAAGGGGCGCUUGGGGAAAUGGUGUCCUGUCAUGCGCUCGCUCGCACACACCUAG